GACAGCCAAGCCAGGCGCGGCGCCACUCUCCGAACUGCUCCCGCAGUAGACUCAGGCCAUGGCCUGGAUCUGGAUGGUCCCGGCGGCCGGCGCCGUCGUCCUCUGGGCGGUUUCCCUCAGGCGGAUCCUCUCCUCCCCGGCACCGUACUGCCUGCCUCCGAGCCCUCGCUUCAUGCCCCCUCUACGCGGCGACAAGAGAAGCAGGAACGUGCUCCUGGUGCUCGCCCACCCCGACGACGAGUCCAUGUUUUUCACUCCAACUAUACUUUUCCUCAAGUCGAAAGGUCACAACGUUCACAUUUUGUGCAUGUCCCUGGGUAAUGCUGAUGGUCUUGGAAAUAUUCGUAAAGAAGAACUAUACAAAGCCUGUGCUACUCUCAAGAUUCCAGCUGAGCAAGUUGAAGUCUUGGACCAUCAAAAGCUACAGGAUGGAUUUCAAGAGAAGUGGGAUCAUGGACUGUUAGCAGAACUUACCAUGGAGCAGAUCCAACUAUGGGAUAUCGACACUAUCGUGACCUUUGAUUCCUGUGGAGUAUCAGAUCAUCCGAAUCACCGCGACGUUCAUCAUGGCAUAAGAAAGCUUCUUCAUGAGAACCAGCAAGGAAACAUUGAAGCAUGGGAACUUGUAAGCCUGAAUAUGUUCCGCAAGUAUAGUGGUCCAGUUGACAUCUGGCUAUCUUCUUUGAUUUCCUCAAGCUCGAAACAACCAGUGUGUUGUGUCGUUAACUGUAGCCCAUCCCGGACCUUUGAGGCAAUGGCUGCACACAGAAGUCAGUGGGUUUGGUUCAGGAGAUUGUUCGUCAGGUUCUCGAGUUACACAUACAUAAACAUGCUUCAGAAAAUUUAGCAUUUGCUGCUGUGCUGAAGCAAGAACUGUGUCGGUAUGAAGAUUCCUCAGAAGCACAAGACACUGGUGCUGGUUUACUUGCACUGUAUUAGAUGAAAUCAAGGAUACAUGGCCAAUAUCGGGAUGAAGCGGAGCAGUGUAGGAAUCUACGUUAUCUCAGCCCUAACUAGUGAUCUUGAAAAUUUUGAUUCCCAACUGUCGACUGAGGUGGUGUAUAGGCAAUGGUAGUCCUACUGUGUUGGUGCUGCCGGCAAUGUUGCAAUGCCUGUUCUUGGUACGGUUUACUCCAUUGUAACGCCGCAUCCAGCUCGCACUUGCAAUGUUUUUCCUAAAAUUAAUAUGGCAAAAAUGAGAUGGGUCAAACCAUAAAUUGAACUCAAAAUUUAUAUACAUGUUUGAACCUGAGCUGGGGAUA